AACAAAAAUCAUCUUAAUCACUUGUUAUUUGUCAUCCUCAUUUUGUACAUCUAAUCCAUUUGAAUAUACUUUCUGUCUCUUUUUCAAUUCACCAUUACAUUCAUCUAACCCAACCUCUCAACUUACAUAAAGUAUCUGUGACACUCUCAAUCACAGCUUAACUCAAUAACAAAACUCACCAAGAGUAUAAAAAUUAAAAUUGAAACACCCAAACACAAGAAUCUACCUUCAAGAUUAACAGACUAUUUAAACCGAACCAAGUUUGCCAAAAAAACUCUUUUCCAUCAUUUGAUUAAAACCAAUCGCCUUGAUCUUUCCCAAGCUUAACUCAAUCUUUGCCUUCUGUUACAAAGAUGUCAUUUUCUCGUAGCUUGGUUCCUCAGAUGCUUCGACCAACCUCUGACUGGUGGGAUCUCUGGGACUUUCCUCCGCGAAUAUUCGAUCAACACUUUGGUCUUGGAUUAACUGAUGAAGAUUUGCUUCCCUUGACUUCAUCACCUUUCUAUCCACGAGCACCUUUGGUUCGUCGUCAACUGUCUCGUCAAACAUCAUCACCAAACGCUGCUCGAGGCAUCUCUGAAGUCUCCAAUCAAGCAAACCAAUUUGCUGUUUCACUGGAUGUCUCUCAAUUUGCUCCCAAUGAGAUUACCGUCAAAGCAGUUGAAAACAAUUGUGUUGUUAUUGAGGGUAAGCAUGAAGAAAGGCCUGAUGAACAUGGUUACAUUUCAAGACAUUUUCAACGACGUUAUAUGCUUCCAAAGGGCAUUGAGGCUGAUAAAAUUGUCUCUUCUCUGAGUCCUGAUGGUAUUUUGACCGUCUCUGUACCCAAAGUGGCUCCAAUAGAGGAAGGUAAGCCAAAAGAAAAAGUUAUACCCAUUAACUUUGGCUCUUCACCUAUGGUCGUUGAUUUGGCUCCACAAGUUCAAUCUUCAUCUUCUUCAUCAACCAAUACUACAUCAGCUACAACUGAAACAACAAGUCAACAAAAGUCUGUUCAACAAGAGAAAAUUCAUCAAAUUCAAGUUGAAUCGAGUGCUGUCGGUCAACAAGCAUCCAAUGUCGUUCAACAACCUAUUCAACAAACUGAGCCUGCCAAGCCAGCAAAUGAACAACCCCAAGAGCCUCAAGCCCCUGCACAACCAGCACCAGUCCCACAGGCAAAUUAAACAUAUUGGAUGAAAUGAUUACAUAGAUUCUAGUCAUUUUUCCCUUUAUUCAAUUGAUUGCCUUCAAGUGUUUAACCAUUUAAUCUUAUUCAAAUAAAAUUUAAAUUGAUUAAAAAAACAA